AUGUAAUAAUAUCCAAUCAGAUCCUAUUCUAAGUAUUAAAACCAGCUAUAAGAAUGUACAACACGAUAUACUCCAAAUAAAUUUACAGAUUGGCAUAAAAAGUAUGAACCUAAACAUAAGUUUGAUUGUCAACCUGACCUUUAAUUUCAAGCACAAUCAAUAACAAACUAGAGAGAUUUUCAAAUUAAAUAAAGAAGAUAUUCUUAAGUUAAUUAUCCAUAAACACCACUUAAUUAAUAUCAUUCUGAAUUUUCUAACAAAGAGAAUAAACCUUAAAUCUAAUAAAAUUUUGAUGUAGAUAGUUAUGUUCGUAAACUAUAAGUUAGACUUAAUUAGAGACUCUGA